UAUAUUCAUAAAAAUAUAUGCCCGUAUGUAAACACCUAGUUUUGUAAUAACUUGUUGUUGAAUUCAGAAAGUGGUAUAAAUUUGUAUAUUUUGUGGAAGCACGAUGAUUUAGUGGUUUAAAUUUUUACACUAAAUAAAUAAUAUUAAGUUUAAAGGAUGAUCGUUAAAAAAGGAUUAAAGGAUGACGUAAUUUAUUUGACGAGUUUUUAUUUUAUUUUGAAUAUACAUUUUUUAUUUAAUCUUUUUUAAAGAAGUGCAAGAAAAUGCAUAUGAUACUAUAGUCUUGCUAUUUAUUAUUUAAAGGGAUAUGUUGGUGGGCUUAAUUUUAAAUAGCCUAACCGGCCCAAAUUGAUAAUAAAGAUUGAUUGUAAAAGAUUCAUUCAACCGUGAUUGAGUAAAUUAAAAGCGCGUUUUAGAGUUUAACUGCCGCUUGCCGGAGGAAAAAAGCUCAACUCGCCGUUACCUACCCCGAACACCAGUUUUAUUCCCGCCGUGUAUCCCCUUACAGCCACCGUGCCGUUUCUGAACUCCGAUCAAGUUGAUGUCAGGAUUCGCAGCUCACCUAGUGUUGUUACUCCUCUUUCUUGUCUCUGUCUCCUUGGCGCCGUCGGUCAGGUGUUUAGGUAAAGAGAGAACAUUGGCUAUGAUAAAGCCAGAUGGAGUCUCUGGUAACUACACUGAAGAAAUCAAAAGGCUCAUUGUCGAGGCAGGUUUCGAUAUCGUCAAGGAGAGGCUUACUCAGCUUGACAAGGAGACAGCGUCUACGUUCUACGACGAGCACUCGUCAAGGAGCUUUUUUCCUCAUCUUGUUUCUUACAUGACAAGUGGUCCUGUGGUGGUGAUGGUGUUGGAGAAGAGAGACGCUGUUUCUGAUUGGCGUGGUUUAAUUGGGCCUACUGAUGCGCAAAAGGCUAAGAUAUCUCAUCCUCACAGCAUCAGAGCAUUGUGUGGUAAGGACUCUCAGAGAAACUGUGUGCACGGCUCCGAUUCAACAUCAUCAGCUGAGAGAGAAAUUCACUUUUUCUUCAAGGAUGUAGUUUCAGGUGACAUCGCUUCACAGCAUGAUGAACUAUAAGAUACACCAAUAUACAUAUUAUAUUUGUAAUCUUGUAACUGUUGGUUGAUCUAUCUAUAGUCACAUAUACUGUUUCAUAACAAAAUGUUCAUUAAUCUCGAUUGAACUUUAUGAAUUUUGGGAACAGUGGUACUGUUACCACCCAGAUUUCAAUCUAAAGACACAUCAGUAUACUUUACA